AUGGCACAACAAGCGCCACAACACGGCGAGGCGUCAGCUUCUCGAUUCCGGUUCAACGCAACCCAGCCUUUAGACCGGCUUCAAGGCCUUCUCCCCGCUGCCCUUGCUAAGCCAGGGAAAGUCGAACUCGAGACCAACACUAUUCCCAGAACAAAUGUUGCACGCCGUCGAGCCUCAAGCGUCGCCGCUUCCCUCGAACAAGAUGAGACUCUUCCAGAGAAGAUCUCCGAACAACAGGAACACGGGAUUGGUGUGUCGGAAACUGUCGCCAGGGAUAAAACAGUUCUGUACCUCGCAUACGGGUCAAACCUAGCUUCCAAGACUUUUCGCGGAGUACGCGGCAUCAGACCGCUCUCGCAGAUCUGCGUACUUGUCCCCGAACUCCGUCUCACCUUCGAUCUUCCUGGAAUACCCUACGCAGAGCCGUGUUUCGCAGGCACACAAUACAGAGAUAUUCCUGCUCCAGCAGACGACCAGACCGCACUCCAAGAUGAAGAGACCGAUGUGUCGGACGCUGAGUACCUGUACCUGUCAGAGAAGGCAGCGCUCAUAGGUCGAACACGGCAGGUGGAAGUAGUCUCGGGUUGUGACAAGCGACAAUGGCACAAACCUCUAGUCGGAGUCGUCUAUGAAGUCACACUAGCCGACUACGCGAAGAUUAUCGCCACAGAGGGCGGUGGUCGUGGAUAUCGCGACUGUGUCAUCGAUUGUCAUCCCUUCCAUCAGUCCUACGAUCCCACCGACCCCGUCCCGGAUUACCCCACAACACCAGCUUUCAAGGCACGCACCCUGCUCUCACCAGCUGCAGACGAUGCCCGGUUUAAAUCCCAAUCCCACAAAGGCGAUGCGCUGCUGGCCAGUGGUCCACAGCUGUCGUGGUGGCAUACCGUCUGCUUGCAUUUCCGGCCGGAUCCUACUUACGCUCAGCCCUCUGCCCGCUACCUUGGCUUGAUCAAGACGGGCGCUGCGGAACAUGAUCUGCCUGUUUCAUAUCGAGAAUAUCUUGCGCAAAUCAAAACUUAUCAUAUUACAACCACGCGCCAGAAGAUCGGGAAGGUGAUCUUCCUGGUUCUGUGGGCGCCUUUGUUGAUUUUGACUAUUGCAUUAUCCAGGAUAUUCGCAGGUCCCGAUGGUCGCAUGCCGCUGUGGCUGGUGGUUGUGACCAAUAUCGUGUUUUCGAGUGUGUGGAGUAGCUAUGACUGUUUCUUCGCUCCUGUCUUUGGGGAUGGCGAGCGGACUCUAGAUGAUACCCGGGCCUGA